GUGCCCGGGGAUACUAAACCGACGACCCUCCCGCGCGAGCUAUCAUCAUACACACAGGGGAGACUAUCCCUUUACGUAGAGAGGAGCGGUUUUUACGUUUUUUCGCCCGCUGUAAAUGUGUACACCUCGGGCCUGCUUUGAUGACGGUUGCGAUAAAUAUUUGCGUUGGUGUUUUCGGGUGAUGCAAUGACAGAAACGGCACAUUUUUGUCCGUUUGCCCUUCCCGGUGCAAGCAAGCAACGAGUGCGGUGCAUGUAUACAGACGUAACGAAGUACUUCAGAAUGCCGUGGACAGAUAUGUGCUUUUUACGGUGAGAUUUCAGAAUCGAGGUGCUUUCAGAGGACAAGCUUUUAUUUCGCGUGUUUUAAUUAAUUGCACUUCUUUUAUUUUCGCCUUUCGCGUUGAAUUGGAGGAAAGUCUGGAAGAGCCAUUGACCUGAUAUAAUACGGACCUGUAUCGGGUCUGACAGUAAUGCAAAAGCAUUUAUUUCAAGCGGUGAGUUUUAAUCGACUUCUGAAACGGAUUAUACAGUGUUGCUUUGCCAGCUGACAGACGUGUAGGACCUCUUUGUUGGCAAUCAUUGGCAAUAAACCAAGAGGAAAAAACGACAUUCAGAGACAACCAUGGCUAAUGACUCCAUCCAAAGUGAUCCCGGCGGGUUGUCCAUUCUAGAGCAGCUGGGCUUGGACCACAACUCGGAUUUCUCCGACUCCAGCGUUCAGCAGCGCUUGGACGAACAGAGGGAGCGAAUUCGUCGCGAAAUCCGAAAGGAGCUGAAGAUUAAAGAGGGAGCGGAUAACCUCCGCCGAGCCACUACAGAUAAGCGUAAUGCUCAGCAGGUGGAGAGUCAGUUACGGAGCUCCAAUCGACGGCUGGACUCGCUCCACGCUCAGCUCCAGGAACUGGAUGCUCACAUCGUCGUCAAAGGAACCGACGAUUCACGCGACGAUGCCCCGCAGUCUCCGGGCACAGAGAGCAGGUCGUCGGCGCAUAAGGAGAGAAUCGCGGCGUUGGAAAGGCAGCUAAACAUCGAGCUCAAAGUCAAACAGGGGGCUGAAAACAUGAUCCCCAUUUACGCCAAUGGCUCCACCAAGGAUAAGAAGAUGAUGCAGACAGCUCAGCAGAUGCUACAAGACAGCAAGACCAAGAUCGACAUCAUCCGCAUGCAGAUCCGGAAAGCCAUGCAGGCCAACGAAUACAAUGAUGAUGUACAGGGAAAGCCCGACCCAUGUGGCAUGGAGCUACGGAUCGAGGAGCUCCGCCACCAUUACCGUGUGGAGCACGCUGUUGCCGAGGGUGCCAAAAAUGUCCUCAGACUGCUGGGGGCCAGCAAAGUACAAGACAAGAAGGCCAUGUCAGAGGCUCAGUGUCGUUUGAGCGAGUCCUCCCAGCGGUUGGAUCUGUUGAGAGAUUCACUGGACCGGCGGUUAGCCGAACUUCCCGAGGAUCAUCCCAAAGCCUCCGUGAUUAAAGAGGAACUGGUUUUAGCCUCCUCGCCGGCAUUCAGCUCGCGGCACAGCGCCCCCUAUGUGCACAACCAGUACAGCACACUCUCCAAACCCUCUCCUCUAACUGGCACGCUUCAGGUGACCCUGCUGGGCUGCGUGGGUGUGCUGGAGGUGGUUCCCGGCCGCGUCCGCGGCAGUCAGGUCGUGUUGCCGUGUUACAGUCCGGGAGAGGGCCGGUCCUUCAUGAGGAGCGGGAAAGGCCUGUACAGUCGCAGCGGCAGCGUUAGUGGAAAAACACCGCCUAAACAAGAUGAACUCUCCUCGGAGGUGAGCGCAGUACUGAAGCUGGAUAACUCAGUCGUGGGUCAGACGGCUUGGAAGACUGUCGGAGAGCAGAGCUGGGAUCAAGCCUUCACCAUCGAGCUGGAGAGAUCCAGAGAGACGGAGAUUGCGGUAUACUGGAGAGACUACCGCUCUCUGUGCGCGCUGAAGUUUCUAAAGCUAGAGGAUUUCCUGGACAACCAGAAACACAGAGUUCAGCUAGAACUAGAACCACAGGGACUGCUGUUGGCCGAGGUCACCUUCUUUAACCCUGUGAUCGAGAGAGUCCCACGACUGAAACGACAGAAGAAAGUCUUCUCCAAGCAACAGGGUAAAGCGUUCUUGCGAGCUCGACAGAUGAAUGUUGAUAUCGGCACCUGGGUGAGAUUAUUGAGGAAUGCCAUACCGACCGGCAACAACACGGGGACCUACAGCCCUCACGCACACGCCAUACAGACGGGAGAGAUAUCCGUGGAGAAGUUGAGUUUAGACAACGACUCGCCAGCGAAGGUGGACAUCCGACGAGACGUGACAGAUAUACAAACUCCGGAACGGCAGCCGGUCACAGAGCCCAUCUCUCCUCCUGACUUCACCACACCUGAACGACCAAACCGAACACAAUCGCUCAGCAGUAAACAGAAGAAGACGCCUCUGAGUCUACAUGACUUCCGGUUAAUCGCUGUUCUGGGCAGAGGUCAUUUUGGAAAGGUGCUGUUGGCUGAAAAUAAGAAGUCAGGGAACAUGUACGCCAUCAAAGCCCUGAAGAAGGGAGAUAUUGUGGCCAGAGAUGAAGUGGAAAGCUUGAUGUGCGAGAAGCGCAUUUUCGAGGCGGUGAACAGCGUGCGCCAUCCCUUCCUCGUCAACCUGUUUGCGUGCUUCCAAACUCCCGAGCACGUGUGUUUCGUGAUGGAGUACACGGCCGGCGGCGAUCUGAUGAUGCACAUACACGCAGAAGUCUUCAAUGAGCCACGCGCUGUGUUUUAUGCUGCUUGUGUGGUUUUAGGACUUCAGUUUUUACACGACCACAAGAUUGUGUACCGAGAUCUGAAAUUGGACAAUUUGCUGCUUGACACAGACGGUUAUGUGAAGAUCGCUGACUUUGGAUUGUGCAAAGAAGGCAUGGGAUUUGGAGAUCGGACCAGUACGUUCUGUGGGACCCCUGAGUUUUUGGCUCCCGAGGUUCUGACAGAUACGUCGUACACGCGGGCGGUGGAUUGGUGGGGGCUCGGAGUGCUCAUAUACGAGAUGCUGGUUGGAGAGUCGCCGUUUCCAGGUGAUGAUGAAGAGGAGGUUUUUGACAGCAUAGUGAACGAUGAAGUUCGAUAUCCACGAUUCCUUUCGUCAGAGGCCAUUGGCAUCUUGAGAAGGUUACUAAGAAGAAAUCCAGAAAGACGAUUGGGCUCCGGCGAGAAAGACGCAGAGGAUGUAAAGAAACAACCUUUCUUUAGGAACAUGGACUGGGAGGCUCUUCUCCUCCGUAAACUCCCUCCUCCCUUCCUUCCCUCCGUCGGAGGAAAAGAGGACGUCAGCAACUUCGACGAAGAAUUCACGACAGAAGCGCCGUCCCUCACCCCGCCACGGGAACCCCGCGUGCUUACGCGAAAGGAUCAGGACAGCUUCCGCGACUUCGACUACGUGUCUGACCUCUGCUGAGAACUUUUUCACUGUGAUAGCGCCGUUGAGAGACGCUCAUGUGACCUUGAAGAGCAGCCAAUUUCGGCUUUCGGGUGUGUGGGUUCAGCGCUGGACCUGUGAACACUGUGGUGGAUGAGUGGAAAAGAGAACGAGACCGGGAUUGAAAGCUUUGGUUUGAAGUUGUUUGUUGUUUAAAGAUAUUUCAAACACCUCUGUGUAAGUUGGCGGUUCGUCUUGAGGAGUCGUACAGAUCCACAGUCUCGAGUUCAUCCGCUUUUGCAAGAAGCACAUCACGUCGUCUCAUGAAAGAUGACGUGAAGAUUUAUUCGAAAACGUGAAGCAAGCCAGUGAAGGUCACUAAAAGAGUACCUCAGUGAAUUUUGAAAAGGGCCGAGAGCAUAUUGGGAAAUGCAUUUACAUGCUUGGUUAUGGGUUGAAAAAGGUCUUAAGUGCUUAAAGCCAGUCGGACUACUGCCUGUGCCAGGAAAUAUUCUGUUCUUAUCAACUUUCCAUACAGUUUUGCUGUCUGAAUAAAAAUGUAGGGACUUGGGCAAAAGAACUCAACAAUUAUAAAGCACCGUAAAAUGAUAGACUGUGCAGAUAGUUUGGUGCACGUGUAGUUUAAAGGAACAGUUUACCCAAAAAUGAUUUAUACCCCCUCAUGCCAUUUCUUUGGUUUUUUUUGCAACUAUUAACUGAAGAAUGUCUGGACAUAAGUGUACACAAACAAUGCCGUUCAUUCCUCUCGUGUUGUGGAUAUCGCUGUUGUUUCGGUCUUUGCACAUUUUUGAAAAGUAAACGUACAGACCACUUCAGAAGACGUAAUCAACGCUGGUCUAGAAACAUUUCCGAUUUCAGCUUUUUCACAUUAUACAAACGUUUGAACAAAAUACAACCGACAGAACAUUUAACUGCAAAAAAAAAAACUGAAACCGGAAGUGCUUCUGGACCAGUGUUUACAUCUUGCGAGGUGGUCUAUAACACCGUGUGUACACCGGACGCGGCGUGGCCCGAUGCGACACGACAAAAGACAAUGGCGUGUCGCAUCGCACCGGUCGCGUCCAGCGUAGACACGGUGUAAGUUCAGGGAUGGAGAAUGCGUAUAGAAAGAGACACAUGUCAAGAGUUUUUCAAAUAAUGGGUUAUAUUUUAGUUUUGAAUGCCAUCAGGACAUUUGAAAUAUACAACAUGACUCACACUGACACUUUUGUGUCCUUUUGAAGCUUGAGAAGAGGCGGUCACAAUCCAGAAAACCCAAAACAACACUUUAGAUCAUCUGUUUUGGUUCUCAAGAACAAUCCAUCAGGCUUUGAAUUACAAAUAAUGACCUUUAGAUUUGAAGGGGCCGUCUGAUAUGUGAAGUGGGACAGCAAACUGAAGUAAAUAUGUCAUUUGCUUCCAUCUGUAUGGAAAAAACUUUCUUUUUCUUUCAAACACCGGUCUCUGUUAUCUUUGACCACUAAGAAACCAACUGGCAAAAACUAUAGAAACAUCCAUCCAGCCUGUCCUUUCUUCGGCAAUGUCAACUCAUACAGAACAUUACUGCCUGAAUAAUCUCUAUUGGCCUGACCUGGACCAAUAACCCAAAGGAACAUGUGGAAGAGACUCUUUGGUUUAUGCUUGACCAGUAAUGAAUGUGUACUUGAAGUGCUCGAUGGUUGAGGACUUCCUCUUUUUGUCUUGCGUUUGUCACACCAAAACACAUCCUAAAACACUUUGACACGUAACAUAUAAAUCUAGCAGUUGGAAAUUCAGGAGAGCAGUCUAGUAACCAGUUUUGGUCUCCACCCCAUUAAGUGCACUUCGAGGUUACAUUUAUACAAUUGAAGAAAACCGAUCGAACCUUAUCUUAGGUUGGUUUAAACUGCCUUAUAAUAAUGCUGGUCCUGUCUACCCUGUUCUGUGUCGAUGUGAGUCAGGCAAACCACAGAACUAAGCAUGAAAUUUAAUAACGCAUCAAUACAGUCAGUCAGCAUCACUGUUGCAUCUCACGUGAAAAAAAGAACCAUUCGAAUUAAUGCAGGCUGACCUCAUGUAUAAAAAUUCUGAAGUUUGGUUUUAUGAAUGUGAGGAGCAGCAAAAGAAGAGGAAUGUGUUUGGUGUGUGUACGCAAGUGUUUUUACCAAGUCCAAUCAUUGUUUUAUUUUGUUUUUAUUAGGGCUGUCAAGCGAUUAAUCGCGACUAAUCGCAUCUAAAAUUAAAGUAUGUGUUUACAUAAUAUAUGUCUGUGUACUGUGCAUAUUAACUUUAUAUUUAUAAACACAAAAACAUACACGCGUAUAUAUUUAGGAAAUAAUUCAAAUAUUUGUUUAUAUUUAGCAAGAAUUGAAAUUAUAUAAAUCAUUUUUAUAUUUUUCUUAAAUAUAUACAUAGAAUUAUUAAUAUGCACAGUACACGGGCACAUAUUAUGUAAACACAAACUUUUAUUUUGGAUGAGAUUAGUCGCAAUUAAUCGUUUGACAGCCCUAGUUUUAUCAAAGUUUUUGACAUUUGUUACAAGGGUAUAAAACCACUUCCUGUUAAAAACUCAAAAGCCUCAAACUGCAGAUGGUUUGUGGGUUGUUUGUAUUUUAUACGUUUUAAAUUCAUUUUAAUUUUAGUCAUCGGAUUUGCUUUCUGUUGUGUAUUGUAGUUACAGCGUGAAUGACCGACUUGUGACUGUUACGGUAAAGAAGGACUCUGCUUGUGUUUUCACACCCUUUAUUACCUCAAAGCUCUUUUUAUGCCUUUAAAACAUUAGUUUGUGAAGUUCAUUGGACUGUUUUUGUGCAGAACAGCCUCUCAUUUUGAGGACGCACACGGACAGAAACGGACCGUCGUACCUUAUCUGUUUCAGGAAGCUCAUACAUUGUUUUCUAACACAAACAAAUUGAUAAAACAAAAAAGCUAAAUACACACACUACACACUUACACUGUGAAUAAUUGUGUAGCAAAAUUGCAGCCCCCCGAUUUACACACAACACGACAUUUUCAAUGGAAUAAAUUCAAGCUUUAACAAACCAAAUGUUAUCCUUCCUUUCCUGAAAAGAGCAGACUAAUGUCCUGUGAGAUUAUACAGCAAAACUAUACAUGAUUUGUAUUUAUGAAAAUGUUGUUGAAAUGACUAUGUUUGUGUUUUGUAUGUCCAUCUGAAUUGUUUAUUUGACUACACCCUUUAGAAAUGAAAAAAUAAACCAUGACAUGAUGGGGA